AUGGCCCCACCUCAAUCUGCUGAACGAGUCCGUUAUUUGUAUUUUGAGUUGUCAGUCUAUGUUCCAGCUGAAAAAUGCAAGCGUCUAUUAUAUAUGGAGCUCUAUUAUUGGAGUGUGCAACAUGCCAAAGAAAAGGAAGGGCAAAAAAUAUUACACGUUCACAUUAACAUGUUAUCUGUAAGGAAGGAGCCAACAUCGUUGAGUGUAGAAACUACAUGUAGAUAUGACCUUUCCAAGCGCCAAGCAACAAGGAGGGGGUCGAGCAAGGGCCAAGCAAUGGUUGGUUUGGCUCAACGGAAGAGAAGGCACUAUCUGCUUGGACGCGGCGUUGGAUCUUUCUUGAAUUGUGCAACAUAUGGUUCUCUUGAAGUUGAAGACGAUGCAUAA